AUGGCAGAACAACAGAGUACUCGAACAGAUUUCAUCAAUGCUGCAAUUUACUUUCUGCGGAGUCAUGGAUUUGAUGGUUUAGACCUGGACUGGAGGUUUCCUGCCUUUGAAAACAGUCCAGCAAGAGAUAAAGGACUCUUUACUCUCCUCGUCAAGGAGUUGAGAGAAGCCUUUGAACAGGAGGCACAGAAAUCUGGGAAGGACAGACUUCUACUAACAGCUCCAGUGGCUGCUAAGGAACAGAUCAUCAGUUCUGCUUAUGAAAUACCUGAGAUUUCCAAACAUCUGGACUUAAUCUCUGUGAUGACAUAUGAUUUUCACGGUGUGAACAAUAAGUUCACUGGACACCAUAGCCCCCUGCACCCUGGUUCUUCUGACUAUAAAUACAAUAGUAUUGAGUAUGCGUUGACAUACUGGAGAGAUAAGGGUGCACCAGCAGAGAAGCUACUUGUUGGAUUUCCAGCAUUUGGAAAUACCUACAAGCUCAGUACCUCUCAAAAUGAUCUUGCUGUUCCUGCUUAUGGUGGUGGUUCCCCUGGUCCAUACACUGGCAAAAGUGGAUUCUUGGCAUACCAUGAGAUCUGUGCAUUUUUGAAAGAUGCAUCCCUUCGAUCUAUUUAUGAUCAGAUGGUGCCUUAUGCAGUCAAGGGCAAUGAAUGGCUUGGAUACGAUGAUCAGAAGAGCUUCAAGAGCAAAGCUCAGUGGGUGAAAGAUAAUAAAUUUGGAGGUGCCAUGCUAUGGGCAUUGGAUCUGGAUGAUUACAAUGGAACUCAUUGUGAACAAGGAGUUUACCCUUUGACCAACACAUUGAAGUCUGCCUUUGGCAUUUAA